AGCCAUACAAUCAAAGCCGUUGAGAGAUAUCAACGGCCAAGAUCAAUUGGGGGUGGCCAUGAAGGUGAAGAACAACUCCAGCAGUCAACGUCCUUUGAUGAGGAGCUAUGGUUUCCGGUUAGCGUCUGGACCGAGCAGAAGAGGACGAGGUCACUGA